UCGGACUCAUCCUAAAACGAAACGCCCAUACUCCAAAACAAUGAAUAUGGACCCUGGAAACCCCACGAACCACUUCCACAUGACCGCCGAGCCACCGCCGGCGCGGCGGAGCGUCUGCGUGAGGUGCGCUCGACCCACCCCAGUCUGCCUCUGCGAGAGGCUACCGGCCCAGCCAAUCACAACCAGGACCCAAAUCGUCAUCGUCCACCACCCCCACGAGGCCGACCACAAGCUGUCCACUGUGCCGGUUCUGACCAAAUGCCUCCUCAACUCCACCACAAUCAUCACCCGCCGCCUCCGCCAAGGCCUCUCCCCUCUCCUCGACCAAUUCCCUCCCGCCAUCUACCUCUUCCCCCCCACCAACCCUUCCUCGCCCGCCGUCACCCUAUCCUCCCUCAUACGAGAUAAUACCCCUCCGGUCUUGAUCGUCUUCGAUGCGACCUGGAAGCACGCCAAGGAGAUGGUGAGCGCGAGCGAGGGUUUCCUGUCGAAGUUUGCAACUAGGGUUUGUUUGGACUACGAUGAGAGUGUGAGCGGCGGGAGUAUAUACGACUCGGAGUUGAUUCUGAGGAAGGAGCCGUACGGCGGGUGCGUGAGCACCAUGGAGGCGGUGGCGAGGGCCCUGAGGGUUCUUGAGCCCAAUGGGACAGAGAUAGAGCGGACAUUGAUAGAGGUUCUGAGAGAGAUGGUGAGAUUGCAGGCUCGUUACUUGAAGCCCAUGAAGCCCAGGCCCAAGUUGUUGAAGAAGGGUAAGGAGAAGGACUCGAUGGAAAACAGCAAGGGUUCGGAGCCGUCUAUAUCCACUAGGACCACUAUAGACGUAAAAUCAAUCUUUACGAAUUCCUAACUAUAUGGACAUGAAAUGUCUGUUCACUCCCUCCAAACGUGUUUUCGAAUAUGUACUGAAUAUUUCUUAGGUUAAUGAUUAAUCU